AAUUCAUGUUUACACUUCAGGGAGUUGAGACUUGGAUUCACCUGUCACAGGUCAAAUGGACUCCAGAUAAGAUUUCCUGUCAAUUAACAGCCUACCCUUCCUCACCUACUACUUACUCCUGACGGGGGACGUUCUAAAUGUAAGAUUUUCCUUUAAGUUCCUAAAGUUUAACUUCUGUUCCCUUGGCUGAUGCACCCCACCCAGGAUCAGCUGCAGACUACGAACUGCUCCAAAUGGCUGUGAGCUUGCUGAAAGCUGAUAUAAACCAAUACAGCUGUGUGAUUGCUCCCUGCUUUUCAGCUCCUGUCUAAAGCUCCACCCCUUGGCCUUUAACUGGCAUUACAGCCGUCCGGGGCCCUGACAACACACUAAUUUCAGCUAAGAAGCAGUUACAGAGGAACAUACAUCUUCCCUUAUCCUCAACAAAAGGCUGAAAUGUUAGGUCUAAAGGAAACUGGGACCUCACUGGAAAGCCCAUACCCCAUCAUGCUUACCACCUUGCUGCUAUCAAGGAAGACCAUAGCCACACCGGGAUACAUCAUCAGGGGAUGAUGACCCUGAUGCAGAAAAAUGGACAGUCACCAAGGCCUGAGAAGAUCCACUAAAGAUAAGACUGCCAUGUAGCUGUCACAUCAUGUAUUAAUUGUAGACUAAUGUUUUGUCUAUGUUCCCUCCCUCUUUAUGGAGUAUAUGUCUAGACCCCCCUUUUAGGAACAAAUAUAAACUUGCCAUGAAUGUCUCAUAGCUCCUGGGCUGUCACCUCUGGGUUGAAACUAUUUGGUUUGCAUGUGAUGAUGGAUUACAUCCCUACUUAGCUCUUUGGCACGUGUAUCAAGGCCUCGAACUUUGUCUCUUAGUAUUCCUGUGUUUGUAUAUGAUGGUGUGGCACGGAGAGAGCACUUGUCUUUGCAAAUCUUUCCAGCCUCCUGGGACAGAGAAACAUGUAGUUCCUCUCCUUCUACCCCUCAUAGUAAACUUAGGAUUGACAACUGCUGUUCUAACAGCUGAAGCCAUUCUGCUGGCAACAGGUACAACAAUGGCUUGAUGUCAUUACAAAAAUUUAGGAUGUUAGAUAACCCAGUAUUUAUUUGCAUUAGAAAAGUCUACUGGGCUCUUUUCCUCUGGCGGGCCAUCGAUGAUCCUAGUUGUCAUCAUGGGCCGCUGCCCCGCCUGGUGUUAUCGCAAUUGUAAGAACAAGCCAUACCCAAAGUCUCAUUUCUGUAGUGGUGUCCCUGAUGUUAAGAUCCGCAUCCUUGACUUGGGAUGGAAGAAAGCAAAAGUGGAUGAAUUCCCACUUUGUGGCCACAGGGUGUCAGAUGAAUAUGUGCAACUCUCUUCUGAAGCACUGGAGGCUGCCCGUAUUUGUGCCAACAAAUACAUGGUAAAGAUUUGUGGCAAGGAUGGCUUUCAUAUCCGGGUGAGGCUGCACCCUUUCCGUGUCAUCCGGACCAGCAAGAUGUUGUCCUGUGCUGCGGCUGACAGGCUCCAGACAGGGAUGCGUGGUACCUUGGGGAAGCCCCAGGGCACACAGGGUUCACGUUGGCCAAGUCAUCAUGUUCAUCUGCGCAGAGCCAAGUUCAGGUCCCCUGGCUGCCAGAAGAUCCACAUCUCAAAGAAAUGGGGCUUCACCAAGUUCAAUGCAGAUGAAUUUGAAUACAUGGUUGCUGAUAAGUGGCUCAUUCCUGAUGGCUGUGGUGUCAAAUAUAUCCCCAAUCAUGGUCCUCUGAACAAGUGGAGAGCCCUGCAUUCCUGAAGGCUUCCACAGUGCUCUCCUAUACCCUAUCAAAUCACGUUCAAUAAAUCUCACAUCAAAUCUGAAAAAAAAAAAAAAAAGAAAGAAAAAGAAAAGUCUACUGGGGGCUGGAGA